AUGUCUUUGAAUCAAGCGGGGACGUAUGCCUUGAGCACAAUCUUGCCAGUGCUAGCUUCUGUUGCUGUACUAGCACGGAUGCGAGUCCGAAUGCUACAAAAAGCAGAGUUCAAGCUUGACGACUGGACAGCAUGUGCGGGAUUGAUUGUCAUGUGGGUAGUCGCGGGCGUCAUCAUAGGUGGAACCGCCAAAGGACUAUUCGGCACGCACACACUCCAAGAUCCCAAAACAGGGGCAGCGAACAGGACGCCUAAGGACUUUGAGAACGUCGAGUACAUGCAAAUCACCUUAAUCAUCAGCAUUUUCGCCAUCGGGCUCAUCAAACUCAGUGUUGUAUUGCUGUACAGGCGCAUAUUCUCCAUCAGCAGGAGCUUCAACAUCUAUUCCUACUUUUUGCUUGCGCUCAUAACGGCAUGGACUAUCGCUUUCCUGGGCGCGAACAUCUUCCAGUGCGGCUCUCACCCUGCGGCGGCAUGGACGAGUGUAAAACAACUUCUGCAGUACUGCGACGAUACUAGCGGAGCAACGGCCGCGCUCGCGCUGACGGAUCUUAUCAUGGAUCUGAUGAUCAUUGCAGCGCCGAUGCCAAUAGUGUGGCGUAUGCAGAUGAGCCUAUCUCAGAAGCUGCAAGUCACGAGCAUCUUCGCACUGGGCUUGUUUGCAACUGCUGCAAGUGCUGUCAGAGCAUACAUCCUACUCAUCGAUUCGUACGGUACCACCCUGAGCUUCCGCGAUAUUCAAGGCGAGAAUACCAAGGUCGUGGUGUGGACUUUGGUGGAGAUUGUCGCAGGGGAGAUCGGCUGUUGUCUACCGACGCUUCGCCCCAUGUUUGCCAACACAUCCUUCGGAAGCUUUCUUGGGACUAUCUUCAGUGUCCUUUCGAUCAGUUCGCACUCGAGCCAGCCUUCGAAGCAUGACAUCAACGAGAAGCUGACCGUAGUGACGAUUGGAGGAUCAGGUGCCAGUACGAAAGACUCGUCUGGGUCGGUCAAAGAUAGCAUGAGAUCCUCGUUGAGUCUGAACGAUGUGGGAAAUCUUGUUUGA